GGCUCGCCGUUCUACGUCACCGUAUGUUGACGUGUUGCUGUGGACUAGAGCUAGUUUCCAGCUAGCUGACGCUCGCGGACAGUGCGAGGUGAAGGGAAGCGCCGGCCUGCUGCUGUUUGCGGAAUAAUGGCGGCGGACUGGGAGGAGAUCCGCCGGCUGGCCGCUGACUUCCAGCGGGCUCAGUUCGUGGACACCGUGCAGAGGCUGUCGGAGAGGAACUGCAUCGAGAUCAUCACCAAGCUGGUCCAGGACAAGAAGCUGGAGGUGGUGCACACCCUGGAUGGCAAGGAGUACAUCACUCCAGCCCAGAUCAGCAGGGAGAUCCGGGACGAGCUGUACGUCCAUGGAGGGAGAAUCAACAUCGUGGAUCUCCAGCAGAUCAUCAAUGUGGACUGGGUCCAUGUGGAGAACCGAGCCAGCGACAUUGCCAAGUCAGAUAAAGGGGUCCAGCUCGUCCUGGGACAGCUGAUCGAUGACGCGUACCUGGACCGCUUGGCUGAGGAGGUGAAUGACAAACUGCAGGAGGCCGGUUUGAUCAGCAUUGCAGAGCUGUGUAAAAGCUACGACCUCCCAGGAGACUUCUUAACCGAGGAACUGUUAAAGCGCCUCGGAAAGCUCAUCCAGGGGGAGAUGGACCAAUACAACAGAGGCGUCAUCUUCACCCGAGCUUUUGUGGCGCGUCACAAAGCCAGAAUCAGAGGGCUGUUCAGCGCCAUCACAAGGCCCACGCCCGUCAGCAGCAUGAUCGCAGCAUUUGGAUUCCAGGAGCACCUUCUGUAUUCGGUGCUGGAGGAGAUGGUGAACGGUGGGCGUCUGAAGGGCAGCGUGGUCGGGGGGCGCCAGGACAAAGCCGUGUACAUUCCUGACAUCUACUCCAAGACGCAGAACGCCUGGGUGGACUCCUUCCUCCAGCAAAACGGAUACUUAGAGUUUGACGCGCUGCUCAGGCUCGGGAUCCCUGACCCCCCCAGCUACGCCAAGAAGCGCUUCAAGUCCAGUAAGCUGCUGUUCCUGCGAGCGGCCUGCGUGGGUCAGGCUCUGGUGGACCAGGUGGAGGCCUCAGUGGAGGAAGCUGUUAACUCCGCCACAUGGACCGACCUCCAGUCGCUUCUGCCCAGCUGUCUGUCCAUGGAAGACGUGGGGAUGCUCAUCAACCAGGCCAUGCGGAACGCCAACGUCCAGUCGCAGGCCCGGCUGCUCGGAGGCACCGUGGUCGUCAGCGAGAAGUUCAUCAGUGACUGCCAGUCGUUAUUUGAAGACGCCAUGCUGCAGAAAGCUCAGAAGGAGGUUAAGAACAAUCCGGUGUUUCUAAUAACCGAGGAGGAUCUGAAGCAGGCCUCCGUUCUGACCGAGAGCUCGGCCCCAUCCAAACGGGAAAAGAGGGAGGCAGAGCGCAGGAAGAAAGCUACAGAGGGCAGCGGCAGCGUUAAAGCCGGGGGCGGAGGCAACGCCAGGGAGAUCCGCAUCCGCAAAACCAAGAAGAAGGGGAGGCGAGACGAGGACAGCGACGAGGAAACCGGACCUUCGCAGCAAAAUCGCAGCAAACAGACUGAGGCUCCCUUUAUGGCCCAGGAGGAGAUAGCUGCCGUUAUAGAGGAGAGAGUGAGCGACUGCCCCGAAGAAAUCCUCUCUGAGCUGGCAGAGCAGUUAGUAAGGCCUCUGACCAAAGCGUACCAGGAGGUGCUGCGCUCCGUCUUCAUGUCCUCCAGCAGCUCGCCUUCAGGGGCCAGCAAGAAGAAAAGCAUGAAGGAUCUGCAGGAGGAGAUCACCAACCUGUACAACAACAUCCGGCUGUUUGAAAAAGGCACCAAGCUCUUCUCAGAUGAGACCCAGGUCCAGAUCACCAAGCACAUCCUGAAGACGGUGUGCGCUGAUGUGACCAACAUCCUGGUGAACUUCCUGGCUGCUGACCUGAUGAUGUCUGUGGAAAAUCCCAGCACCAUCACCAACGAGGUCAGACUGAAGAUUUUGGGCAAGCUGUCAGAAGAAACCAAAGCGCCUCUCAUGAAGCUGCACAACUGCCUGAAUGGAAAAACUAUUGAAGACUUUCUGAGCAACCUGGAAACCUGUGCAGAGGUCUGUGGGUUCAUGCUCAAGAAAGGAGACAAGAAAAGGGAAAGACAGGCUCAGUUCUUGCACCGCCAGGCUCUGGUGGAGCAGCUGAAGGAGGUGGAGGACCCGGCUCUGGUGCUCCACCUGACCAGCGUGCUGCUGUUUCAGGCCAGCACCCACUGCAUGCUGCACGCCCCGGGCCGCUGCGUCCCGCAGAUCAUCGGCACGCUCACGGGCCGAAUCCCCACGGAGCAGCAGCAGCUGCUGUCAGCCUACCAGGGCCUGGUGGUGAAGCAGCUGGUGAGUCAGAAUCAGGGCAGGAAGCAGGAGGAGGCCGAAGGCGACGAGGCCGUGGAGCAGGACGAGGAGGCGCGGAACGUCCGUGCUCAGCUCCUGGCCCUGACCCCCCAGGUGAAGGAGCUGGUGCUGUCCCAGAGGAAGACCUCCGUCAAUGAGGACUGAACAUCUACCACUGGUCUUACAUGUUCACAGUAAUACAGAGUUCAUUUCAGGAUUUAUAAUGUGGGCUUAAUUUGAAAUGGCAUUCCUGUGUGGGAUGUGUCUGGUAACACCCAGGUAACACUGAAGUCCUCAUUGAGGUUCUGAUUAACAGGCAUUACAUUAAUUAAACUGCUUCCCUCUGACCAGUUUAUUCUCUCAGCUGUUUUACCCCUCAGGGGUUUAUUCGUCGUCGAACCACUGGGAGAUCCUGCCUAAAACAUCACAGCGUGAAAAUGAAGGUUGCAUGUUGAAAUCAUCAAAAAUCAUUCAGCCAUUGUUUCACAUUUAAUUUCUCUUUUGGAUUAAUAAAGUAUUUUUGAACUGAAUUAAAUUCAAAGCAGAGUUGUACUGCUCAACAGUAUGGAUCUGAAAGCUUCACAUGUCUGCUUACAUGAAAGUUUAAAAAAACUAAAAUGAA